CAAUUUUUUACGGUAUAUGCUAGCUAUUUUACUUCUUGCAGCUUAUCGACCAUGUCAGCCAAGAAAUGUGCAGUCUUCUGCAGUUAGAAGGCGUCUACUUUACCAAUUCGGGCACUAUGCGAACCAUGGCACACUUUGUGCAAGAUACCACUUGAAGUAUGUACCCAUAGAUAGGGUCACGCUUCUCUUUCUCCCUUGGUUCAUGCUUUCCUUCCUUUACCCUCUGAUCUCUUAUAAGCAAAUGUCGGCAACCCUUCAUAGCGUCAGAAGCUGAACUUAAUCUAUUUUGGUUUCUCAACGAAGCAGCUAAAGGCAUACCUACUCCCGCAACGGUCCACUCUUGUGAUUUUUCUGGCCAGCCUUGCCAGCAACUCUACUGGUCAAAGUCUGAGGUCGUCGUCAGCAGCCUCUAGAAAAUGUCCACGCAAGAGAAUGAGGCUUGUUUUGGCCGCCUCCUUGGUGGCGAUGGCUCUGACUCCCGACGCCGACUGAAUGAGACUAUAGACCAUACCUUUGGUGCGAAUAAGCCUUCUGAGGCGGCGAAGCGGCAAGCAGCUGGGCUUGUGCCUGACCGAGGCCCAGCCACACAAUCUCAAAUGGCCAAGAAAGGCCGUACCUCCGAGGAGGCCUUGAAGGGAUCCUUCGAGCUCCAGGCUCACGGGAACAGGUGCCCAUCUCCUCACAGAACAGAGUCAAUAAGAUCGCGGGGGAGCUCUAGCGGCUCUACCACCACUCGGUCAUCCACGGUCCCGAAUACCAUGUCAGAUAGUCUUUGGUCUCUAUAUACGGCCCCAGCAAGUCCUACCUUUGACGACCGUUCACAGUGCUCCUGCAGCAAUUACAGCAACAUGACUUCCAUGAACACAAGCCCCAAUCCAAGCCGAAAAAACACGAUUGAUGAGCGGCUAGAUGACUUUGUGCUCGAGGGCAACGAAGUAAAAAGAGCAAAAACAGAACAUUAUGGAACAUCUGCGGCCUCAACAGAGAUGGCAACAGAUGUCUUGGCACACUUUCCGACGCACUCAAGGUCUUUCCCCCUCACCAAUACGUAUUUGGUCGAUAGGAACUGGCCUGAACUGGUGCACAUGGAAGCUGGCAUGGACAGCCAGUGGAAGAACGGUGCGCCGCCUCGAAGACCAAAGUCUGGCUUCCUUGCGCUCACACCCGACGAACGGGCCGCAGAUAGCCGAGUUGGUCCUUUGCCCAAAGUGGGCUCUACUGACUUACCGUUGCGGGCCAUGAAAUUCUCGAAUCCGGUCCCUGAUCCUGCUCCCGACGAAGAAUGGUCACAAGACAAACAUACGAGUGGAUAUUCAAACCCCAGAAGCCCAUGCUCUUCGAAUAACACGCCAGCCACACAUACACCUGCACCCCCCAGCCUGCUUAAUACGCCAAGCCCUCCACCCAAGACCGAGGGUUCACCAAUAUUGACUGCAUGCGACAGCUAUGGGGACGCCUACUACGAUGUGAUGUGUCAAGCAAUCCACAAUAUCAUUUUGGAGCGCACUCCCACAGCUGUGCUCGAUGAUCUCGAGAAGCCGUUAGAAAUGGCUGCAGUCUGGUGCACUGAAAAAGCCAUUAACUUGAUACAAGAGAAGCUAUUUGAUAUUUCAUGCGCGGAGAAGAUAGUAACAGACCACAGUGAGGGCUCCUUGGAAGAUUCUGGCCACGGAUCUUACGCCCCAUCAAAUGCAGCAUCUGCGUCAACCAGUCAGAAGCAUGCCCGUGCAAAGAAGCAUGGCGAAUCAAGCAACCGCCAAGGAGAUGACGAGUCGGAAGACGACACAAACAACGGUCAGAAUCAAGAAGGUAGCAGAAUAGGCCGGCAGGAUCACCGCCAUCUUUCUAAGCGAGAUAGGAAUGGAUUCAGCUGUCCGUUCAGGAAGCGGAACCCCCUGCGGUUUAACAUCAGAGACUGGUCCAACUGUGCGCUGCAACCGUAUGAUAAUAUCACUUUACUCAAACGUCACAUUAAAGUCUGUCACCAGUCGGAAAUUGUGUGCCCGCGGUGCAAAAAAGACAUGGGAAGCAGCGAGAGGGUGGAUCAACAUCUGAUGGUUCCCCUACAAAGCAUGUGCGAACUUGUCACGGAGGCACCUGUUACCAACCCGGAGGAUGGCAUCACUCGUGAAAUCGACGAGAAACUCUGCGCUCGAGGUAACGGACGAAAGGUUGAUACCUGGGCUGUCCUGUGGCAAACACUCUUUCCUAACGAUGAUUACACUCCAAGCCAUGAAUUUGAGCCUCCGGUUGGUCUGGAAGAGGUCGUCAACAAAUUCAACAGCCAGCAACUGGAGUUGCCCCCAUUGGGAGCGGGAGGACCUCGGCUACGCGCAAGAUUGCACGCGGUCUUUGAUGCGAGUUAUCUUCCAGACGUGGAUCCCGAUCACUGUUCGAAUCUUGCCAAUGAUGUCUGCCAGCAAUAUAUCAAUGAAACUCUCGAGGCCUGCGCCAAGAUCCCAGACGAGAAGAGUCUGUAUGUGGAUGGACCGCUGAGAAAGAUCCCCUCUAGGCUCAUUUUAACGCCAAUCAGACCGCCCAAGAAGUCAGGGAAGGCUGCAUCUCGGCAAGCCGAACAAAUUGGAGCCCCUGCACUGAUACCGCGCCACAUUCCAGUCAAUCUUGUGUCAAAGGAACCCACCACAAUGACUGCUGCGGUGAACUGGGAUAAGAGUUCCCGGCCCUCUCCGUUCCCAGGCAUUAGUGAUGCACCAUUCCCAGGGCUUCAAAACCCAGUAGCCGGUUAUCUGAAUUCCGCCACACCCAACGUUCAAAACCAGCUGCCCUCGUUGUCCGGUUCGACGACUUCCUCAGGCUCCAUGACACAACCCCGGGCCCUUCACGGCCCCGACACACCUCGCUUCGAGACCAGUCAUGCUGCAAGGGACCUAGCCGGGUCUCACGCCUUUGCUUAUCAACCAGAGAACAGUGUCUUUGGUACUCAAGCUUACAUGCUUGGGAAUGUACAACACUCCUUCAACCCUUCUGAUUCCGGCUAUCCGAAUCCCCUUCCUGCCACUAAUCACCUUCGAGUCCAUACUAGUGAGUUCAUCCAGCCACAAACCAACACUGAGUGUGUGAUACCGGACACUUUGAGGCCAUUCAAGGAUUGCAUUGAUUUCUCGCAGGCUUCGUUUUCGUUGUGAGAUCCGACCAACGGGUACAUUCACUGUAUAGGGAUGAGUCUAUAGUUUGCUCUUUUUUUUUUUUUUUUUUUUUUUUUGU